GAUGCCUCUUGGUCAAACCUGCUGCGUUUCCUUCCUGUUUCCUCGCCCCGUCUCCAGAGUCCAAACACCCCUUCAGCAGACCGAGCGCUCCUGAGCACUCUCGCUGUGACCCUGCCUGUUCAGCUGCCUGCAUCCCGGGAGGUGAUGCGACGGUUUGUCUACUGUAAGGUGGUGCUGACCACCUCUUUAGUGUGGGUGCUGGUGGACGUGUUCUUGCUGCUCUACUUCAGCGAGUGUAACAAAUGCGACGACAGGAAGGACCGCUCGCUGCUCCCUGCCCUCCGAGCUGUGAUAUCUCGGAGCCACGAGGGUCCGGGGGAGAUGGGCAAGGCGGUGAACAUCCCCAAGGAUGACCAGGAGAAGAUGAAGGAGCUCUUUAAGAUUAACCAGUUCAAUCUGAUGGCCAGCGACAUGAUUGCACUCAACAGGAGUCUGCCGGAUGUGAGGUUGGAUGGCUGUAAAACCAAGGUGUACCCAGACGACCUGCCAAACACCAGCAUUGUGAUUGUGUUUCACAACGAGGCAUGGAGCACCCUGCUGCGGACAGUUCACAGCGUGAUCAACCGCUCUCCCAGACACUUGCUUGUGGAGAUCGUGUUAGUCGAUGAUGCCAGCGAGCGAGACUUCCUGAAGACAAAGCUGGAGAACUAUGCGCGGACUCUGGAGGUGCCAGUAAGGAUCCUGAGGAUGGAGCAGCGUUCAGGUCUAAUCAGAGCCAGGUUGAGGGGUGCGGCCGCCACAAAAGGUCAGGUCAUUACCUUCCUGGACGCUCACUGUGAGUGUACUGUCGGCUGGCUGGAGCCCCUUCUGGCACGCAUCAAAGAGGACAGGACAGCAGUGGUGUGCCCUAUCAUUGAUGUCAUCAGCGACGAGACGUUUGAAUACAUGGCAGGCUCAGAUAUGACCUAUGGCGGUUUCAACUGGAAGCUGAACUUCCGCUGGUACCCUGUUCCCCAGCGGGAGAUGGAUCGACGCAAGGGGGACAGAACACUUCCUGUCAGAACUCCCACCAUGGCAGGAGGAUUAUUCUCUAUAGACAAAACUAACUUUGAAGAAUUAGGAAGCUACGAUCCAGGGAUGGACAUCUGGGGCGGAGAAAACCUGGAAAUGUCUUUUAGAAUCUGGCAGUGCGGUGGCUCAUUGGAAAUUGUAACAUGUUCGCACGUGGGCCAUGUUUUCCGGAAGGCCACCCCAUACAGCUUCCCUGGAGGAACGGGCCAAGUCAUCAACAAGAACAACAGGCGCCUGGCGGAAGUCUGGAUGGAUGAUUUCAAAGAUUUCUUCUAUAUCAUAUCACCAGGCGUGAUGCGGGUGGACUACGGAGACGUUUCAUCCCGUAAAGCCCUCCGUGAGGCCUUGCGGUGCAAACCGUUUUCCUGGUAUCUAGAGAACGUCUACCCAGACUCCCAGAUCCCGAGGAGAUACUACUCACUUGGUGAAGUAUGAGCUUUCUCGUAACUC